CUGUCACUGAGUUGUUUCACUUUUUCUUUAAAAUGUGAAUGAUUGUGCCUGCCUGUUUUUGACAGUGUAUCACUCCCUAAUCCCUAGGAUAAGAUGUAUUGUCAAUCCUUCAGUGCCUUCGGAAAAUAUACAGUGUGAGAGACCUGUCCACACAAUUACGGAGGUGAAAAGAUGGCAGCAUCCAGUAGGAUGACCUCAAAAAAUCUGAACAUGGACCCGCUGGAAAAUGUGGAAGCUGUUACACAGAAACUGAGCAGAGCGAUUGAACUGGGAGACAAGGCAACAGCAAUUCAGUGUGCUGAGAUCCUGGCAGAGAAAUGUGUCCCUGUUACUGUCCAAAUCAAGGAGGCUGCCUUUCCUCAACAUGAAAUCAAAUUAAAAGUUGGGGUUGAAGAUUCACAGUCACAUGGUACAUCCAUCACCAUGAAUGUGUUCCCGUAUAUGACCAUCGCAACGUUGAAGGCAAAGGUCCAUAAUGAUUACAGUUUUCAUCCAAAACUGCAACAGUGGAUCAUCGCUCAUCGGCUGGCAAAGGACAAUGAAACCUUGCACUUCCAUGGCAUUCGAAAGGAUGGAGACAUAGCGUUCAUGUACCUCCUAUCAGGCAAGCAGGCCAACAUCACACAGAGACAGUGUGAACUGGAUCGGAUUCUGCUUCUACAGCAAGCAGCAGAGACAGCUAGUGGUAUGUUCAAUUCAAAACUGAACAGUGAAGAGGCUUUUCUUAAGUUGGAAGCACGGGGUGCCCAAGCACAAUUAAAUGAAGCAAACACUUUGCCAGAGGAACCAGCAAAGAUUGGUUGGGUGUGUUCAGGUUGCACAUACAUUAAUAAACCCACCCGUCCAGGGUGUGAAAUGUGUAGCACAGCCAGACCAGAUGACUACCAAGUCCCUGACAUGUAUCAACCCGAUGAGGAAGAACUCCAGAGGAUGAAGAACGAAGAAGAAAGUUUUAAGCAAUAUGAACAGUCCAAACUGAUAAAGCGACAACAGAAUUACAAACUCUUGUUGGAAACAGAUGAACAAAAUCUAAUAUCGACCGGGGAAGAUUUUGAGUGUCCGAUCUGUUUAAACACCUUGGAGAAUGGUGAAGGAGUGACUCUUCGAGAGUGCUUACAUGCCUUCUGCAAAGAUUGUCUGAAGCAAACGAUCCUGAGCAGCACCGAAGCCGACGUGACGUGUCCAUUCAUGGAUCAACUGUAUUCAUGCGAAAGCAAAAUCCUGGAACGUGAGAUAAAAUGCCUCCUGACGGAGAGUGAAUAUCGCACGUACUUAGACCGAAGUUUAGCAAUUGCUGAGAAUCGAAGUGAGAACAGCUAUCACUGUCAGACCCCAGACUGCAAGGGCUGGUGCAUUUAUGAAGAUGAUGUCAAUGAGUUUCAUUGUCCCCUCUGUAAGAAGAAGAACUGUCUGCUGUGCAAGGCAAUACAUGAAGGAAUGAAUUGCAAGCAGUAUCAGGACGAUCUCAAAAUUCAAGCUGAAAAUAACAAAGCUGCAAAACAGACUGCUGACAUGCUCACGGCAUUGCUUCAGAAAGGGGAAGCCAUGAACUGUCCUAAAUGCAAGAUUGUUGUACAGAAAAAAAGUGGCUGUGAUUGGAUACGCUGCACUAUGUGUAAAACGGAAAUUUGCUGGGUGACAAAGGGACCUCGUUGGGGACCUGCGGGUACGGGUGAUACCAGUGGAGGAUGCCGUUGCCGUGUCAAUGGUAAACCAUGCCAUCCCAACUGCCAGAAUUGCCAUUGAGGAGAUGUAUAGCCAGUUAACGUAGGGUACAGAAAGCCCACAGAAAUAUAAUUGUGACAAUUCCUUCUGAUGUGCACAUUACUGUUGUCUGGGAAAAUAAACCAAUAAUGCUAUCUUCCUAAGAAGUUGGAAUUCAAACCUAUUUCUGCUUCAAGGGAGUGUUGAAUUCCAAUACUUUGGGUAAAAUCACUGUUAUUUAUAGAAGCAUGUUGUCCCUAAAUCAUGGUGGCAGAGCGUAUACGUGAGCAUCCAUGUAUGUAAACAGAUUUCUGCCACACUUCUAGCAAAAGUCACAAAGGGAAUUCCUGGUCCUGUCAAUGGUGAAGAUGAGCAGCCUUCUCUAGGCGCUGUUUCAAUCACACUUGCGUGCAUAGUUGGGGUGUAGAAGGAAGCCAUUCAGCCCAUUGUGUCUGUACCAUCUCCCUGCAACUGUUUUUGAUUCAUAUAAUUAUCCAGUUCCCUGAAAACUACACUUCAAUGUCCAGCUGCCAUACUGUCAGGUCACAUAUACCAUACCCUCAUCACUCACUGUGUAAACAAGAUUUUCUGCACGUCACCUUAUUUGUUUUGUAAACCACCUUAAAGCAGUGUCCUGUAGCUCCUGUCCCUCUGGCAAUGGGCAGUUUUCCCUCCACUGAUCCAUGCAGAUUUUGAACAGUUUUACUUCCUCAAAUCUCCCCUUCUGUGAGGAAAAGAGUCCAGCUUCUCAAAUCUAUUCAUGUGACUGAAAUCUCUUCUUAUCAAUCAGACCCCCUGCUGACUUCAUAUCCUUCCCGCUGCUGGUUCCAUUGUUCCCACAAUACCUUUAGAAAUGUAUCCUUUAUUUCACUUUCCUUUUCUCAUUCUUACUACCAAAAUGCACCACUUCCACUUUUUUUUGCAUUAAACCAUCCACCAGCUUGUCUCUGUGCUCUUGAUGUCUAUUGCCAUACUCCUCAUAGUCCUCAGAACUUACAGGUUUUGUGUCAAUUAAAAAUUGAGGUUUUACCACUUGCACAAGCAAGUCUAGAUUAUUAAUGAAUCAAGAAAAGCAGUGGCCCUAGUACCUAGAACCGUGGGAAACCCACUGUUCUUUUUUAUUCAACCAGAUUUAACUUUGGUAAGUCUGUUAGGUAGCGUUUUAUUAAAUAUCUUCUGGAAGUCCGCAGACAUGACAGCAGUCAUGUUGCACUCAUCAAAAAAAAGGCUCAAACCAUGUUAGUUAAACAUGACUUGCUUUUAACAAAUCAGUGUUGGCAGUUGCCAGGGUUCCAAUUGGAAAUGAGUGGUAGGUAAUCUGCACCAGACAUCAGUUUGCAAUAAAGCAUGUCCUUAACCAUUUAGCCUUGUUUAGACAUUUAAAGAUUGAUUAAUAAAUUAAAAUUACAGUCUAGCAAUGAAUGUAUAAAGUCAAUAAGAAGAAGACAGGUCAGCUCAUUCCUCAGUUUUUGAUCUUGCACAAGCUGAGAGAAUAUUUUAUGAACUGAAUCAACGUGUGCUUUAGCAGCACCCAGUUCUUUCUACUGAGCUAUGCAAUUUUGGGUGGCAUGGUGGCUCAGUGAUUAGUACUGCUACCUCACAGUGCCAGAGACCUGGGUUCAAUUCCAGCCUUGGGUGACUAUCUGUAUGGAGUUUGCAUGUUCUCAGUGUCUGCGCAGGUUUUCUCCCACAGUCCAGAGAUGUGCAUGUUAGGUGAAUUGGCCAUGCUAAAUUGCCCAGUGUCCAGGGAUGUACAGACUAGGUAGAUUAGCCAUGGUAAAUGUAGGGUUACAGGGUUAGGGUGGGAAGUGGGAGGGAUGCCCUUCAGAGGGUUGGUGUGGACUCAAUGGGCUUAAUGACCUGCUUCCACACUAUAGGGAUUCAGUCAUGAAUCUCAGACAAAGGGAGAGUUCGAAGCUGAUAUUUAGCACGUACCUGAGCAUGAUUGUUUUUCAUGAAAAACAAACCUCCUUUACUGUGGACAAAAGCAGUGAUUGCCCUCCCAUCCCACUGCAAGCCUGACAGAAGAGCCAGGGAACACACUGAAAACAUUGUACAGGUGGUGUUUCGCUUGGCUUUCCGAGUUCCUCUCAUGAAGGUAAAACAGGCAAAUGGUUGAAUGUUGUUGAGAAUUCUGAAAUAUAUCCACUUCCUCAAAGCACAAUACAUUUCUAAGAUUGUUACUAGGCAGCUGGAAUACAUUGCUUGUAAUAUCAUAAAUGAUCUCCUGGUGUAACUUUAUUUGGAAGGAUCCUACUCCGUCUGGUAUAGUAGCAGCAGUGAAGAUAUGUGAGCAGAUACUAGAGAUUUAAACAAAUGGACAGUUACUAUAUGUAUAUACGAAUAUGAAAUAAAGGACUAAAAUUUUCUUGAAAUGA